UCAACAACGUUAACAUCAUGAAAAUGAAAAAUGUUUUGACAACUGCAAGAACAUGGAUUGAUGGUUUUACACGGAUAGCUGUUUCGAAGUUACUGUAUCCUUGAUUAGCCAUGGAGAAAUAUGAAAAGAUCCGCGUCGUCGGAAGAGGAGCGUAUGGAAUUGUCCACCUUUGUCGACGGUUGGCUGACAAGAAGCUGGUAAUCAUUAAGCAGAUUCCUGUGGAACAGAUGACCAAAGAAGAACGGCAAGCUGCCCUCAAUGAAGUCAAGGUUCUCUCCAUGUUGUCUCAUCCAAACAUCAUACAAUACUUUGAGAAUUUCCUGGAGGAUAAGGCUCUCAUGAUUGCCAUGGAGUAUGCUCAAGGUGGCACACUGAGUGAAGUGCUACAACAGAGGAACAACAACUUAUUAGAAGAAGAGGACAUACUGAAGUAUUUCGCCCAGAUGUUACUUUCUCUACAACAUGUUCACUCAAAGCAGAUCCUACACCGAGACCUGAAGACCCAGAACAUCCUACUGGACAGGAGAAAGGAGGUGGUCAAGAUUGGUGACUUUGGUAUAUCUAAAGUACUCAGCAGCAAAAGUAAAGCAUAUACAGUGGUGGGAACACCAUGCUACAUUUCUCCGGAGCUUUGUGAAGGAAAACCCUACAACCAGAAGAGUGAUAUUUGGGCCUUGGGGUGUGUGCUUUAUGAACUUGCCAGUCUCAAAAAGGCCUUUGAAGCAGCUAAUCUCCCAGCUUUGAUCCUGAAGAUCAUGCGUGGGACAUUUGCACCAAUAUCGGAGACAUACAGCGAGGAGUUACGAUCCCUGAUCUUAAGUAUGCUUCAUCUGGACCCAAACAAACGACCUCAUAUAAAUCAGAUUAUGGCUCAACCUAUCGUUUCCAAUGCUUUGCUGAACCUUCAUACAGAAAUGGGAAAGCUUCCGUGUACAAGAGUUCAUAGACCAAUGCCAACUCCCGCCAUUAAUCGUCCUCACCGAGGAAAUAAAAGCUCCAGAGAUACACUGUCAUCCAAGCCGCCAGCUAUGAGUUCAGUCUACUGCUGGGGUAAUGGGAUGACAUCUCCACUCAAGUUACCCCUCCCUACCAGUGAUACACAAGUCACCCAGGUCUCCACUGGUCGCUCACAACGUGCCGCUGUGACCAAGAAUGGACGUCUGUUUGUGUGGGAGGCUUCCGUUGGAACAGACAAUUUAAUGCCAGGAGCAGCUGAAGGCCAGUCCCUUGGGUUUAUCCCCCGGUAUCUAGAGGGUCAGUCAGCUGUCAACCUGCAGCAUGUGUCUUGUGGGGACCUGUUUACAGCUUGUCUCACAGAUCGUGGCAUUUUGAUGACAUUUGGAAGUGGUGCUAAUGGAUGUCUGGGACAUGGUAACUACAACGAUGUUGUACAGGCUAAGAUUGUGGAGUCAUUGCUUGGCUAUGAGGUGGUGCAGGUGUCUUGUGGUGCCACCCACGUCCUGGCAGUAACCAAUGAACAUGAGGUGUUUGCCUGGGGGAGGGGCGAUAAUGGUCGCCUUGGUCUUGGUAGCCAGGACUCGUUCUCUACUCCCCAGAUGGUCCAGGUACCUCAACCACACCAUCCGUCCUCUGUCCAUUGUGGUAUGGACUGCUCAAUGAUCCUCACACUGGACAAUAGACUUUUGUGUUCUGGAAGCAAUAGAUACAACAAGCUAGGUCUUGAUGAGAUUGGACCCGAUGGUACAUGUACUAAAGUUGUAGAGGAUGUGUACAACUUCAUGAGCAUUGCCUCACAUCCUAUGGAUGAGAUGGCAGUGAAAAUGGUUGCACUGGGGACAUCUCAUACAGGUGUAGUAACAGUGGAGGGACAAUGCUAUGUGUUUGGAUCAAAUCAGUUUGGACAGUUGGGAAAUUCGGAAGGUACAAAUCGACAGAUACAGCUAGUGGGAACUCUCCUCAACCAGAAGGUGACAAAGGUAGCAUGUGGGGAUACAUUUACAGUGGCAGCUAUUGAAGGGGGAGAGGUUUUCUCCUGGGGAAAUAGUGCUCGAGGCCGAUUGGGGCGACCAGAUGCAGAUUCAACACCUAAGAAAGUGAAUUUAUCCUCCGAUGAGCUCUUCUCCGUCACCUCUAUAUCCUGUAACCACGGAAACACGUUGUUGGCAACCAGACCUGUCCAAAGGACUGACAGUCCGUCCAUGGAACAGUGACACCUGUGUAAAUUGACCAUUCCAACCAGAAAUGAUGACACUUGUGUGUAUCAAUGUCACUCUCUGGAAUAAUAACACCUGUGUAUAUCAACUGUCCCUCCAUGGAAUAGUAACACCUGUGUAUACCAACCGUCCCUCCAUGGAAUAGUAACACCUGUGUAUACCAACCAUUCCUCCAUGGAAUAGUAACACCUGUGAAUAACAACCGUCCCUCCAUGGAAAAGUAACACUUGCGUAUAUCAACCGUCCCACCAUGGAAUAGUAACACCUGUGUAUAUCAACUGUCCCUCCAUGGAAUAGUAACACCUGUGUAUACCAACCGUCCCUCCAUGGAAUAGUAACACCUGUGUAUACCAACCGUCCCUCCAUGGAAUAGUAACACCUGUGUAUAUCAACUGUCCCUCCAUGGAAUAGUAACACCUGUGUAUACCAACCGUCCCUCCAUGGAAUAGUAACACCUGUGUAUAUCAACCGUCCCUCCAUGGAAUAGUAACACCUGUGUAUAUCAACCGUCCCUCCAUGGAAUAGUAACACCUGUGUAUAUCAACCGUCCCUCCAUGGAUUAGUAACACCUGUGUUUACCAACCGUCCCUCCAUGGAAUAUAUAGUAACACCUGUGUAUACCAACCGUUCCUCCAUGGAAUAGUAACACCUGUGUAUAUCAACCAUCUGUCCAUGGAAUAGUAACACCUGUGAAUAUCAACCGUCCCUCCAUGGAUUAGUAACAUCUGUGUAUAUCAACUGUCCCUCCAUGGAUUAGUAACACCUGUGUUUCAACCGUCCCUCCAUGGAUUAGUAACACCUGUGUAUCAACCUUCCCUCCAUGGAAUAGUAACACCUGUGUAUAUUAAGAAUGCCUUAUCAGUCAACAGACAAACAUCUUCCUUCCAGAUGUUGGGACUUACCUGAUAAACUGUUUCCCUGAGGCCGCAUGCAGAGAGAAACAGUUCAUCGGGUUAGUUACAUCACAGAGAGGGGAGAGUUUUGACUUUUGAUUGAUAAGGCAUGAAACAACAGUUUCUGUUUUGUUAACUGAAUAAUCACCAGGAUCCCGGUUUUCAAUUAGAUCUAACAAACUUUUGUCAGAGAUUUCUUUACUCACUAGCUAGGCUCUCUUGGGAUACUGUUUAAAAAUCACAAUCAAAAAGACACUUCAUCAUAAUCAUUUGAAUGCUUGGGCGGAUGCGGAUGUUCCUCGCCUGUCAACAGCGAAAAAUAUUGACUGGUCAAUAUUUUUUUUAGAAAGGACAGGUUUGUUAAGAUAUUCUAGCAAUUUUGCUUGGAAAUAGUCAAAAAUACAUUUACAUAGAGAGUCAGGUAACAGUAACAUCUGUGUAUAUUGACAGUCCCGGCAACAUCUGUGUAUAUUGACAGUCCCGGCCCUCCAUAGAUAUUUGUAUACAUGGACCAUACCUACAGAACAUUUUCAUCUGUACACAAAACAAGGUUGCAAACAUUGCAUAAGUGGUUUUUUUAUUAGAGAGCUUGUUAGGAUGUGUGGUGUUUUGUAAUGAAAAUAUAUGCAAGAAGAAAACGUUUGUGUGUGUAAGAGUUUAUUAUAAGAAUGUGUUUUAUUUUGUUGUAUGUACUGCCAUUCAAAACAGAUAACUAUAUAAUGCCAUGUUGGUUCUUUUAAAUGUGGUAGUUGGCUAGUUACAAGUUUUGGUAACAUAAAAUCUAUUUGGUUUGUCACCAACUUUAUAUCAAUAUUUUUAAAAGUCUUCUUUUAUUUUUGCAUUUGAAGUGUUGAUGUCCAUCAUCAGUUGGGGGGGUGGGGAUAGUUUUGUGUUGUGUCCGUCUGUUCGUCCAUACCACAUUAUCUUGUCCUUGCUCCAUUUUCUACUUGUCACUGGAACUUCAUACAUGUACUUGGGUCACGGGUUCACAUAAGUGAGUGGGUAUGUCAUGUACCAAAGUUAGGUCACUCUUACCUACAUUUUGACCUUUGAUCUACAUCACAAAGAAAAAGUUUGUCUUGGCCUGAUCUGCUGCUCUAAGCUUCUUGCCACUUGAACUUCUGUCUUGGUGAAUACGUUCAUCUUACUUGGGGUUCAUGCAUCACUUGCAUUGAACUUCUGAUAGUGCUUUCCAAGAUUGUUAAUAUUCCUGAAUUCAUUCACACUGAUAUAUAUCGAUACCACCAACCACAAUUUGAAUGUGGUGGGUCUGUCUUACAAUCAAUGUGUAGAAUUAGUUCCAACAUAAAUUCAUUAUAAGUACAUUUUUUGCAUAUAAUUUCACAUCCGUAUGAGGACUGUGAUUUGCUGAAUUGUCUUGUUCAUCAUAUAGUUGUCGUGUUGACACAUCUCAUUAUUGCUUAACUUGUGAAAUACCAUCAUUGUGGUAUCAUAGAUAAAAGUUGUCACAUAACUGUCUCUUAAGAAUAAUGUACCAUUCAAAUGUUUUAUAGGAAAAAUAAAUUGGAUGGUUUAUACCUAUUUAUUUGUAUGUGGUGAUAGCUCUUUAUUAUAUAAAAUGAUGAAAUUUGACAUGAGCAUGUUUUGUCUUUAGACCACAGUAUUAAUGGGUCUACUUCAUUAUAUAUUUGUGAACAUGCCCGAUUACCAUGUACGUUUUACUAUGAAUUUAUGAUAUACAUUUUACUUUACAUCACAGACUAUCUACGCAGAUCCGUCCAUUUUAUCACCAUGAUAAAUAUCAUGCACUGAA